AGAGAGAGAGAGAGAGAAAUAAAGGAUGAAAUGCUUCAUGUUAUGCUUAGAGAUAUAUAAAAAAAGGAAAAAAGUCAGCUCAAAAUAUGUUAGUUUAAAGUUUUUGAACCUACCUUGUGUAAGCUGACCCUUCAUGCAUAAAAGGCCAAACUUUUGCCUUCACUCAGUGUUUUUCUUCCUUUAACCUUCACACAUUUGUCAAUCAUUUACCAAAAGUUUCUCAUUUUCAUUCAGUUUUUGGCUUUGGCAUUACUUCUGUUAGAUGCAAAAUGGGCGCAAAACCGAGCAGAGAUAACCCGGUUCGCAGCUCAUCCACUCAUCACCUUAGUUUUUCCAAAACCAGCUUCAUUUCUGAUAGAACAAGAGAAGCUUACUCCAAAUUUAGAAAGAUUGAUGAUAACUACACUACUUUAGAGCAGGUGACACGAGCACUUUACGAAUCUGGUUUGGAAUCCUCAAACUUGAUUGUGGGUAUAGACUUCACUAAGAGCAACGAGUGGAUGGGAAGAGAGUCGUUUAAUGGGAGAUCCCUUCACUACAUAGGCCAAUGCAUGAAUCCUUACGAGCACGCAAUUUCUAUUAUUGGAAGGACUCUUUCGUCAUUUGAUGAAGAUAAUCUCAUCCCUUGCUUCGGGUUUGGAGACGUUAGCACUCAUGAUCAAGAAGUGUUCAGCUUCUACCCGGACGGCAGUCCGUGUGUCGGCUUUGAGGAGGCACUUGCUCGGUAUAGAGAAAUUGUUCCACAUGUCCGUUUAGCAGGACCUACUUCGUUUGCGCCCAUAAUCGAGACAGCUAUCGGGAUUGUUGAUCAAAGUGGCGGUCAGUAUCAUGUUCUAGUGAUUAUAGCUGAUGGUCAGGUGACACGAAGUGUAGACACAGCGGUUGGGAAGCUAAGUCGACAGGAGAAAAAGACAGUUGAUGCCAUCAUCAAAGCAAGCGAAUAUCCACUUUCAAUAAUAGUUGUCGGAGUAGGAGACGGGCCAUGGGACGUGAUGUGCGAAUUUGACGACAAUAUUCCGGCCAGAGUGUUUGACAAUAUUCAGUUUGUUAACUUCACGGAGAUUAUGUUGAGAAAUUUGCCUCUAGAGCAGAAGGAGACAGAGUUUGCUCUAGCUGCACUAAUGGAAAUCCCCUUACAGUACAGGGCAACUCUUGAACUCAAUCUCUUGGGUAACUCGAGGGGAAUCAGCACAGUAGUUCCAUUGCCACCUCCAAAUUUUUCCCGUUCGAGCAUCUUUACUCGAAACUUCCUGCCUUCAUGCCCUCCUUCUCCAUCUCCUUCCGACAGUCGUUCAGCUAUUCAGAGGAGGUGCCCAGCUUGCUUCCAUAACAGACGAGACCUUGCACUUGGAUGUGGCCAUCAGAUUUGCCGUGACUGUGGUAAUAAUCUCACGUGUUGUCCCAUAUGCCGGACAGAGAUAACAACCAGGAUAAGGCUCUAUGACUGAACUUUAUCCGCUGCUGCAUUUCGUACAAAAAAUAUUAUCCGUUGUUAUCAGUUUGCAUCGUUGGUUUUCGGAAAUGUACUGUACAAUAUCAUAUGUAUUCAAAUUGUUAAUACUUGGACCUCACAUUGAUGAUGUGCUUGAACAGUUGAACAGACAAUAUCAGUCAUUUCUGUUUUUCCUUUUUGAGUAAGUUUUUUUGAACCAGAUGUGCAGUGUGCUUGGACAGACAUAUAU